CCUUCAUUAUUCACAGACGAUUUUCGAUAAUCGGUGAGUUCUUGUUCUGUUUUCAUCUGAUCAUCUUCUUUUUCGCUUUGUUUAUACUAUUCUCUCAAUUUCUAAGCUCCUCUUGCAGUAGUUUGUUGUUGGAGAAAAGCUUCGUUUGAGUAGUAACCUACCAUGGCGGAUAUAAAUCAUGAGAUCGCUAAGACUCAAGAGGAGAGACGGAGGUUAGAAUCAGACCUCGCUGCUUCUUCUUCCCUCACGUCUGUCAAUUUCGAUCGAGAUCUCUACGGAGGUAACGAACGUGACGAUUCCUACUCGAAAUCCAUCGCACCCAACGAUGAUGAGGAGGAUCCCAACCUCGACACCAAAGGCUAUCUUGUUGCUCAACGUCUUGCGUCUUACACCGCUCCCAAGUCUAUCCUCAACGACUUGGCUCGUCUUCAAGAUGAUGACGACGACGAAGACGGUGGAGGAUUCAAGCCGAGGCAGACUAUUGCGGAACGCGAGGGUGAGUACCGGAACAGGAGGCUUAAUCGUGUUCUCUCUCCGGAUAGAGUCGAUCCGUUUGCUAUGGGAGAGAAGACGCCUGAUCCGAGCGUUAGAACUUAUAGCGAUCAUAUGAGGGAGACGGCUGUGCAGAGGGAGAGGGAAGAGACUCUGAGGCUUGUUGCAAAGAAGAAGAAGGAAGCAGAAGAAGAAGCUUCCAAGAAGAGGAAAAAGUGUGAUCACAACGAAGGAGACGGUGGUGGCGCAAAGAAAGCUAAAGCAUCAGCGUCGGAUUGGGAUGUAGCUGAUUCAACUCCAGGGAGAGUCUCUACUGGAACAAGGAGCAGGAACAGAUGGGACGAUCCCACGCCUGGUCGUGUGACUGAUUCUGAUGCAACACCAGGUGGUGGUGUUACUCCCGGUGCAACGACGCCUACGCCGAAGCGUCAACGUUCUAGGUGGGACGAGACACCAGCCACUAUGGGGAGUGCUACACCUAUGGCUGGAGUGACUCCUGCUGCUUUUUACGCCCCUGGUGUCACUCCAUUCGGUGGGAUUGAUAUGGCUACUCCAACUCCGAGUCGGAUUAAUCUGGGUGGUGCUAUGACUCCUGAUCAGUACAAUCAGGCGAGGUGGGAGAAGGAUAUUGAAGAGAGAAACAAACCAUUGAGUGAUGAAGAGCUUGACGCCAUGUUUCCUACAGCAGGAUACAAGGUUUUGGCCCAGCCUGCUUCUUAUGUUCCCAUCCGAUCCCCUGCUAGGAAGGCUCUAGGAACCCCGACGCCCAUGACAACUCCUGGCUACGUUAUUCCUGAGGAAAACCGCAGGCAGCAGUUUGAUGUUCCCCAGGAAGUUCCUGGUGGCCUGCCGUUUAUGAAACCAGAGGAUUAUCAGUAUUUCGCAGCGUUGUUGAAUGAAGAGAACGAAGAAGAACUGUCUCCUGACGAGCAGAAAGAACGCAAGAUAAUGAAACUGUUGUUGAAGGUUAAAAACGGAACCCCUGCACAGAGGAAAACAGCUUUGAGGCAGCUUACUGAUAAGGCUCGUGAGCUUGGCGCUGGUCCUUUGUUUAAUAAAAUUUUGCCCUUGCUCAUGCAACCCACUUUGGAAGAUCAGGAGAGGCAUCUUUUGGUGAAAGUGAUUGAUAGGAUUCUUUACAAACUUGAUGAGCUUGUAAGGCCUUUCGUCCACAAAAUUCUUGUUGUUAUCGAGCCUCUGUUGAUCGACGACGAUUACUAUGCUCGUGCAGAAGGGAGAGAAAUUAUUUCAAACCUUAGCAAAGCAGCUGGUUUAGCCACUAUGAUUUCAGCUAUGCGUCCGGAUAUUGAUAACGCUGAUGAAUAUGUGAGGAACACAACAGCUAGGGCUUUCGCUGUGGUUGCUUCUGCUCUUGGAAUCCAUGCGCUCUUGCCGUUCCUGAAAGCUGUUUGCCAGAGUAAGAGGUCAUGGCAGGCGAGACACACUGGAAUUAAGAUUGUGCAGCAGAUUGCGAUACUAAUUGGCUGUGCCGUUUUGCCUCACUUGAGUUCUCUAGUAGGACUUGUCGAACACGGUCUCAGUGAUGAAAACCUGAAGGUGAGGACUAUUACGUCUUUGUCACUGGCUGCUCUCGCCGAGGCUUCUGCUCCUUAUGGUAUUGAGAGCUUCGACUCUGUUCUUAUACCUCUGUGUAAAGGUAUUAGGUCUCACCGCGGCAAAGUCUUGGCUGCGUUCUUGAAGGCGAUUGGUUCUAUCAUCCCCUUGAUGGAAGCUGGGCAUGUGAGAUACUAUACAAAAGAAGCGAUGCUGAUCUUGGUUAGGGAGUUUCAGUCUCCUGAUGAGGAGAUGAAGAAGAUUGUCCUCAAGGUGGUGAAACAGUGUGUAAGUACUGAAGGUGUUGAAGCGGAUUACAUCCGCAGCGAUGUUCUGCCUGACUUUUUCAAACAUUUAUGGGUUAAGAGAAUGGCUCUGGAAAAAAGAAACUAUAAGUCGCUUGUUGAAACUACUGUUGAGAUUGCGAACAAGGUUGGUGUUGUAGAUAUCGUGGAAAGAUUGGUUAAUGGACUUAAAGAUGGGAGUGAGAUGUACCGGCGUAUGGUUAUGGAAGCCAUUGACAAGGUUGUCACAAACUUGGGAGCAUCAGAUAUUGAGGGGAGAUUGGAGGAGCUGCUCAUAGAUGGCAUUCUUUAUGCGUUCCAAGAACAGACAAGCGACGAUGCUAAUUUGAUGCUUAAUGGAUUCGGUGCUGUAGUGAAUGGACUUGGUCAGCGAGUAAAGCCUUACCUUCCUCAGAUCUGUGGUACCAUCAAGUGGCGGUUAACCUCCAAGAGUGCAAAGGUAAGAGAGCAAGCGGCUGAUCUCAUCUCUAGGAUUGCUGUUGUUAUGAAGCAAUGUGGAGAGGAACAGUUGAUGGGACAUCUCGGUGUUGUCUUGUACGAGUAUCUCGGAGAAGAGUUUCCUGAAGUCUUGGGAUCGGUUCUUGGAGCUUUAAAGGCUAUCGUCAAUGUGAUUGGUAUGACAAAGAUGACGCCUCCUAUUAAGGAUCUGCUUCCAAGACUGACUCCGAUUUUGAAGAACAGACACGAGAAAGUGCAAGAGAAUUGCAUCGACCUUGUUGGUAGGAUUGCUGAUCGUGGUGCUGAGUUUGUUCCAGCAAGAGAGUGGAUGAGAAUAUGUUUCGAGCUUCUUGAAAUGCUCAAAGCUCAUAAGAAAGGUAUUCGCCGUGCCACUGUCAACACUUUCGGGUACAUAGCCAAAGCCAUUGGACCACAAGACGUGCUAGCCACGUUACUGAACAAUCUCAGAGUCCAAGAACGCCAGAACCGUGUUUGCACCACUGUCGCGAUCGCCAUAGUCGCUGAAACAUGCUCUCCGUUUACCGUAUUACCCGCGUUGUUGAACGAGUACCGUGUUCAAGAGCUCAACGUCCAAAACGGUGUCCUGAAAUCCCUCUCUUUCCUCUUCGAGUACAUUGGAGAAAUGGGCAAGGAUUACAUAUACGCAGUCACGCCCUUGCUCGAAGACGCUCUCAUGGACAGAGAUUUGGUUCACAGACAAACCGCGGCUUCAGCGGUGAAACACAUAGCUCUAGGUGUAGCUGGUCUGGGUUGUGAAGACGCUUUGAUUCACCUGCUUAACUUGAUCUGGCCCAAUAUUUUCGAAACAUCUCCUCAUGUCAUCAACGCUGUGAUGGAAGCCAUUGAAGCAAUGAGAGUUGCAUUAGGUCCAACAGUUAUACUGAACUAUUGCUUGCAAGGUUUGUUUCAUCCGGCUCGAAAAGUCCGUGAAGUCUAUUGGAAGAUAUACAAUACGCUUUACAUUGGUGCUCAAGACACGCUUGUUGCUGCUUACCCGGUCCUUGGGGAUGAGCAGAUCAAUGUUUAUAGCCGACCCGAGUUAUCUAUGUUCGUCUGAAGGCAAAGAUAAGACAUUCUCCUUACACCUCAAGUCUCCUUAUUAGUUGUCAGUAGGCUUUGUUGCAAACGUCUCGUUGUCAUUAUUGACUUUUAAAUUCAUUUCAUUGUAAUGCAGGAAAUAACGUUGACGCUUCAAUGGCUCCUUAUUAUUUUUCCAAAUUUUCUCUUUGACGAAGCAAUUAUUUUCUGUGUUAAAUGUAUCAUUGUUUUAGUAGUUUCUUGUUUGUUACGGUACUAACAAAAUGAAAGUGAUAUAGAGAGUUAAUUGGAGGGUUAACGUGUUUUUGGUGAGGAAAAAUACCCUCGAAACCAAA